CUAUUUCGAGCAAGUUCUGGUCUUGACUCUUAGAAGACUCGUUCACCCCAACAAGUGUUUGUCUAAGAUAUUGAAACACGGAAUAAGCUGCGUGCUUCAGGGCAUGAGUAAAAGAAAACAUUGUUAUCAUGAAACUGGGUGUGUGUGUAAAUACAUUUUGUGAUUUGGUUAUCGAAAUCGAUAAUAUCCCAACGUCCAUUCGUCUGGUCGCUCUUUAGCCAGGGGUUCUACACUUUAAAUCAAAAAAAAAAAAAAAAAAAAAGAAAAGAAAAUGACGUCGACCUAAAUUCAAAGCUAUCUAAACUUUCGGAGAUGGGUUCCAACUUAUACAAAUGCGUCAUCACUGGUUCGGCUCAGGGAAAAUCCCUUGCCCUUGUGCUAAUAAUAUUCCAAACCCAUUCCAAAAACUUGGAUGUGUAUAGUAACGUUGGCUUUCUCAGUUGAUAUUUUUUUAAAUACUGUAUUUCCCCGUGAUGUCAUUGAUCUGGGAGAUCUACGAGAGGCGUCAUUUCCAUGGAACCCCACAGAACAUUUUACAUUUUACGUUUAUUGCGGAAACUUGUACAAAUUCGCCACUGGUUCAGCGUAGGGAAAAUCCCUUGUCCUUAUUGCGCUAUUAAUAUUCUAAACCCGUACCAAGAGCCUGGAUGUGUAUAGUAACGUUGGCUUUCCCAGUUGAUAUUUUUAUUAAAUACUGUAUUUUCCCGUGAUGAUGUCAUUUCGGAGAUCUACGAGAGGCGUCAUUCCCAUGGCUAUAAUACCACAGAAAAUUUUACACUUGUACGUUUAGUGCGGAAACUUGCUGACGAAUAGUUUCUUUAUUUUAGAAAUCUUCUUCCCGAGAUGCCAACUUUCUCUUUUUUCAAAUAUGCGACGACAAAUAAAUCUAACUAGAGGUUUUGUUGCGAAUAAUGAAGCUGGGGACGACAUACACCGUAGUGACUCGUUGCGCAAAGCUCGAAGCAGCUUACGAAUCGUUGUUCGAAUUGUAAUAGCACCAGCGUAACACAGAUUUGCUGUGUCAUCGUGUCGCAAGUAGAAAAGAGAGUUUCUUUCCCGCAGGCAAAAGUUUACAAGUUUUAUAUACGUGUAUGUUCACGUUCGUUCACCAGAUCCCUAAAAUUAGCGAAUCCUCUAAUAUGUAUUUUCUAUUUCUCUUAUAUUUUUACUUAUCGGGAAAGGUGUCUUUAAAAAAAAAAGAAAUCCGACAAAUGUAUAUUUUCUUUUGUUUUUAUUCGCUACCAUUCACGACGUCGAAAAGACUGAUAUUGCGUCAUAUCGCACAGGGAUAUAGAAGUUCAAUGCUUUCCUUGAACGCAAAUAGAACAAAGGCGCGUUUUUGGACAGGAAUCAAAAUGCUUACUUCAGUUAUUAAUUUGAACACAAUAGAACUUAAAGUAAAUAAAAUACAUUUGGUUUUCUUUUGAGAAUGACUAGGAGGCUCAGCUAUGUGGAGAAACGAAUUACCUUGACACCACCACCUUGGCCGUGCCUACAUACUCCAGGACUAGAAAAAAAAAGGUUACUUUCACUUCUGCUGCUGCUGGUGUCUCACACUCCGCCUCGAUUUCCAGCCGUACCCCUCGAGCUGUUUUAUUUGACUUUUCUAGAAAAAAAAGGACUAGGAAACACCAAUAGAUAUACCAUGGUCAUAAAGCCAAAUGCCAGACAUACGUGCCCCACUCUUGAAGGGAAAAAAAAACUCAACGGCAGAGAGUUGAGUCGAACGAAGACUGCCUCCAUGCAGUCGGGGCAUGAGCAUUGGGCAACAGGUUAGAAAACAAGAAGAAAUAUAAGGCGAAAGGCGAAAGCUCUCGACGUCAAUUCACUAGAACUUACUUUGGGGAGCGGUUCUCGUUAGUGCCCUCUGUCCUCCCCAACUACCCGUCGACCUCAAUCAAGCGGAUAAGCCAGUUUCCUUACCUUCCGUGUAACGACAUCAGUUUCUCGCUACACGCCCAUUGAAUCAGUUGGAGAAAAAACACAACGAUCCCGAAUGUCAGUUUGAGGGGAAAAAUCGUGGAGUUCAAGUUCACAUUUAUUUCACAGAAAUCACGCAAAAAAAAUUAAACAUGGAGUCAACGAGCAUCGUCGAGUUCUACAAGGGGCGGUCUAUUUUCAUCACUGGAGCGACGGGUUUCAUGGGAAAAGUGCUAGUGGAGAAGCUACUGAGAUGUUGUCCUGGAAUUGAACGUCUCUACCUGUUGAUGAGACCCUCAAAGGGACAAAGCGUUGAAUAUCGCCUUCAAGAGUUGAUCAACAAUCAGAUUUUCGACGAAGUCAAGAAACAGCAGCCAAACGUCAUGAGCAAAGUCACACCUGUGACGGGUGAUGUGACUUUCCCGGGGUAUGGAUUGUCGCAAUCCGAUUUGCGACUCUUAAUCGAAAACGUUUCUGUUGUUUUCAAUUCGGCCGCCACGAUCAAAUUCGACGAAGAGCUCAAAGAUGCUCUCGAGAUGAACGUCAAAGGUCCCAUGCAGUUACUUGAAAUUUGCCGUCAAAUGAAACAACUCGAGGCUUUCGUGCACGUGUCAACGGCUUUUAACAACCUUGAUCGCGAAGAAAUGAAGGAGGAAGUUUAUCAUUCAAAAGUUGACCCAGUGAAAUUGAUCGAGCUGCUGGACUGCCUUGAAGACAGCGUCGUGAAAAAUAUCGCGACAGAAUUACUUGGCAAUUGCCCAAACACCUACACCUACACUAAAGCGCUUGCGGAGCAAUUGUUGGAGCAGCGAUGCGGAAGCGUUCCGUUGACGAUUGUCAGACCCUCAAUCGUGACUGCAGCAUUGAAAGAACCCGUUCCCGGCUGGGUUGACAACAUGAAUGGAGCCACAGGAACAAUCGCAGCUGUCGGGAAAGGAUUCUUUCGUGUCAUGAAGAUCAACGCAGAUCUGAUCAGCGACAUCAUUCCUGUUGACUACCCAAUUAAUCUUAUGAUUGCUGCCGCUUGGCAUACUGCUACUCGGCGGCCGAAUAAUGUCACCGUCUACAGUUGCACCACGGGCCAUCAAAAUCCGCUCACUUGGGGCCUUUUACAGCGUUGGUCUUUGGACUCUUGGAUGAAGUUCCCUACCAAAGAUAUGAUGUGGUAUCCUAGUGCCUAUUUUACGAUCAAUGACAUUUGGCUCAAAGCGAACGAGGCCGUAUUCCAUACCUUGCCGGCCCAUCUAUUCGAUUUAUUCAACUCCUUGACAGGCAAGCGCGCUCGAUGGGUCCGGUUAUACGCCAAAGCCAAUCGUGCUUUUUCCUGUUUGGAAUUCUUCACGACGCAUCAAUGGCGAUUCAUCAGCAACAACCCCAUUCGCUUGCUGGACGAGAUGUCGGCACAAGAUAGGAAAACUUUCUACAUUGAUGUCCGCGAGAUAGAAUGGAAAAGCUACUUUGAAACUUUCAUACUUGGAGCUCGUCGUUUCGUUCUUAAAGAUGAUCCCAGCACUUUACCGCUUGCUAGAAGCAACCUGCAAAGAUUGUACAUGAUUCGACUACUACUACGUCUGAUUUUAUUCUCUUGUUCCUUACUCGCCGUCAGGGGCAUCAGAAAUAUGGGCCGCUCCUUUAUUAAGUCCUAAAGCAUUUAACUUGAAGAGAUAAAAAUUACGCACUUUAUUAUACCGAUUCACAGUUAUACAAAGAUAAAAUCAAAUGUUUCGUGCCUUUAUUGAAGUUUGUGUUGGAGCCUCUGCUGCUUCGUGAACUAAGACAGCUAUAAUAUACCUAGGAGAUAAAACCUGAACAACUGCGCCGUUUGCCGAAUACUCAGCACCAUUUCCUACCAGUUUAUAAAACAAGCUCGUAGAUCGCUCCAUUGUUACGCUUACACUUUCGUUUGCCUCCUGUGUAUGUGUUGUGCCGGGAAAUAGAGAGAGAAAAAAAAGGGAAAGGUUGAA